GUCGUUAACAGUGGCGGAUUCAUAAAAUUUUCACAGGGGUGUCCUCUUCAAAAAUUAAAUUUAAUUAUAUAAUAAAUUAAAUAAUUCGUAUAUUAAAAAUAUCAUACUUGUAUAAUUUGUAUAAUUUUUUUAUUAAAUAAUAAAUUAAAAUUCAUAUUUUGAAAAAAAUAUAAAUAAACUCUGUGUCUGCACUGUUCAAAAAAAAUCUACAUAUCCUACUAGACAAUACUUCACGAACUUAUCACAUAUUCGAUUUUUAACCUUGUUCUUAAUGUAGCUCAAAGUAGAAAAGACUCUUUCAACACUUGCCGUGUAACCAUAAAAUCAUUUCAAAAUUAAGGGUAGCGUGUACGUAGUUUAAUUAUUAGGUAUUGAAAAUAGUUGGGGAUAAAGAAAUAGCGUUUUACUGUUGCCUGAUGUUUAAAAUAGAAUAACAAAUGAGUAGCAACAUAAUUGGAAUAUGUUUGAUAAUAGUAGUGUCAUAGGUUGGAAUAACAUGGACUACCACUUAUAUUUUGUUAAUCAUAAGCAAACUAUUAUCGAGGGUAGGAUAAUCAUUUUUUCAAACGUUAGGGUGUCCCAGAUUACCAAUUAUAUUUUGUAUACCCAUACGAAACUACUACCGGAGGUUGGAUAAUCAUUUCUCCAAAUUUUAGGGGUGUCCCGGGACACCCCUAGUGGCCCAUGUAUCCGCCCCUGGUCGUUAACAUUGGGUUUGUGUUAUAGAUUCACAAGAUAUCUUAGGAAAAUAUUAUCAGAGAUAAGUGAUGAAGAUGCUAUUCAAUGAUACACACUUGAAAAAUACAUUUCAUUGUUUUGAUGCACAUGAAAGAAAUAAAUGUUUGACGAAACAUGACUGAAAGUUUGACCUACACGAUAAAUAAGUUUUGUGAUAAUAUCAUCCGAGCGACUCACAUGAUGUCAGCCAUUAUGAACCAUGUUGUGAAUUAUGUCCAUUAAAUGGUCCAUCAAACUACUCAUAGUACCCCAAUUCCAAAUCACCAUAAAGAUACCUCACUGGUAGGGAUACUGUCAUCUUUUUUUAAGUAUGCAUCAUGUAUGAUUAACGGCCUAACCUAUGUCUUUUAAUAAAGAAACAUAAAUCCAGAAGAAAGUAUGGAAACAACCCUUAGCUAAUUAGGAAUUAGUUUUUGUCCUUUUUCAUCUUGGUUCCCAGUAGGAUUGAUUGUAACGUUUUCUUUUUUUACAGCUUUCACAAGAAAAUUUAUUACUAAUAAUAAUAUAGUUUCUUAGCGUAUGGUUUAUUUAUUUAUUUUUUUUUUUCGUUUCCUUUGGUUUGGUCUCUUUAAUCGUCGAUAUCAUCAACACGGCCUGCAGCAAGGCAGGCAAGGCAAUAUUGUUGGCAAUGUCCCUUCUUAACUAUAGUCUAUAUGAAUCAAAAUAAAUAAUUAACAUAUUUAUUUAAAUCCUCAUAAAAAUAAUUGAAAUACUAAUUUAUGAAAGCUGCUGAUAUUGGCCACUUCGGUUGUCCUUAAUCGCUCCCCUCGGUUGCCAUUAAUAUAGUCCCGCAUCUUCGAAAAUUCAUUCAUUCCCCUUCCCAGAAAUUUACAAAUCCUCUUAAUCCCUCCCUCUCUUUCCCAUCAAUUAUAUAGCCUAAUCGAUCCCGUCACGCGCGAUCGCCAGAAUGGGGGCGCCGUCGCCGAGCGAUUCGACGCGCGGGAAGAAGAAGACGACGGGGCGUGGCCACCAGCGCUUCGUCGGGGUCCGGCAGCGGCCGUCGGGGCGGUGGGUGGCUGAGAUCAAGGACUCACUCCAAAAAGUGCGCCUCUGGCUCGGCACCUUCGACACCGCCGAGGACGCCGCACGCGCCUACGACGACGCGGCCCGCGCCCUGCGUGGGGACAACGCGCGCACGAACUUCGAGCUUCCCAACCCUUCGUCCAACGCCGGGGGCCGCGGUGGGGCCGACAGCAUCGAGCCUUUCUCGUUCGAGGAGGUGUGUGGGACCGGGAGCGAGUCCGACGGGAUUCUCGGCGCCCUCAAGGCCAAGCUGCUCGACGGGAAAGGUCUCCGAAUCAACCCAAACAACAAGAAUAACAACAGCAACAGCAACAACGCGUCCAGCUCAGCUCCCGCCGCCGGCGGGAGUACUAAGAAAGACAAUGAGAAGACCUUACCGGCCAACACAAUCCCUAUGAAUAAUAAUACUGGUCAUGUAGCCGGCCCACCAGCGGCUCACAUUGGCAGUAGUAGUAGUAGGCCACCCAAGCCCCCGAAACCAAACCACCUGACCGGUUUUGCUGGUUUUGCUGGUGGUUCGACCGGGAUGGAGGCUCGGGCGAAGGGGGAUGGUCGGCGUGAUCAUCAUGUUAUGGAUCAUAACAUGUUCACGACUGACAAUCAUCAUCAACCGCAGCAACAACAACAUCAAGAUCAAAUACUCCAUGAUCAAGAUCAUUCCCGACGUUACCGUCAAGAUACGACGACGAACGAAGCAAUUAAUCUCAACGACUCGAACUACUGGAAAAAAGCCAAGGGUCCAAUGUCGUCACAGUGGCAACAGACUGCCCCUACGGGAGCAUGGCCUAGUCAACACAAUCAUCACGAAUUUCCCGCCGCAGCGACGUCGUAUCACGGAGAUCACCAAAUGGCGUGGCCACCGGCGUCACAGCUGAACAACAACCACCACCAACAACACCUCCAACAAGUUUCAGCCGACAUGGUGGUUAAUAAUUUGUUCGACGGCAGCAGUAGUAGCGGGGCGACGACCAGCUCAUCGUGGUCUCUGCAUGAUCAAUCCAGCAACUUCCGGUCGUCGUCGGCGUACUCUGGCGCCGGCAUGGAUGUAUCGACGGCUAACGGGAAUUACACGACUCACGGUAAUAAUUUGGAUAGGACGCGCGCUCUAGAGCUAGGGAUGGGAAUGGAUCAUCAUCAUCAUCAUCACCAACACCAACACCAAAAUCAAAAUCCGGAUGUUUGGACGGCGCCGUCGUCGGAGCACCAGUUUAUGCACUACGAUCUCAACAACAACAACAAUAAUAAUAAUAGUACUGGUUGGACGCCGCCUCCCACCGGCGCCGGCGGUUCUUCUUGGGAUCCUCUCCUCUACGUCUCCUCGGUGCUAGGCUGAUGAUAUGAUGUAUUAAUCCAUGGAUAUUGCAGCAUGCCACGUGCAAUAAAUCCAUCGGUCCUUUUGAUUUUCAUUAUUAUAUUUUAGCCGUGAAAUCGACAUUCACGGUAUAAGAUCAACAACAUCCAAGCCACUGUGUGCUGAACCAAAAUGUCAGGCAUAGUAGCUAUAUAUAAUAUCCGGCAGUAACUUUGAGUUCUCUUAAUUUUUAAUGUAUAAUAUUUUCUGACAACUCCAAAUUAUAUCGAGGCAAAAACGAAGUUUCCUGCUAUUUCUUGUUUUGGUCUCCGGUUAAUAAUUUUGCCGGCGGGCCCCUUUCGGCUCCCUCCGGCCAACACAUAAUACAUGCUGACGUCGGAUGGGAUGGUACAUAAUACGUAUGUACGUAUAGUUGGAGCUAACGCAGGUUCCAAACGAGUUAAGGAUAAAAAUGUGUUGAAUCUGCACAUGGAUUGGACUACUGGCCAUUUCCUUGUUGUUAUGACACGGCAAAUACGUUCCAUUUCUGCCUUCUUAUUUUCUUGUUGUUGUCUCACAGCUCAAAUUACAAACAUUUUCUUUUAAAUUCUGCAUAAAAAUAAUGAUUCAUUGUGUCCUGUUAAUUUGAUUUUUGUAUUGUAACUAUUACUUAAGUUAACACGUACAGAUCAUGCAAAUAUUAAUUUGCAUAUUUUAUUGUGAAAACUGUUAUAUAUAUUAUACAACAUAUCUAGAUUUCAUAUCACAUUGGGGGUACAAGCAACAUAAAUUCGUUUUCAGGGGUAAGACUAGUGUAUAUACUAUACUCCAGAUAUUUUUAGUGAAAUAUCUCUAUCUAGAUAAGAAAUUAAACCGAGUUUGGGGUAUAAUACUAUACUCUAAUCUAUAAGGGAUAAACCUCAGACUCUGAUUCUCUAAACUCACACUUGAAGUUCAAUUUAAUAAAUUUGACCGUUGAGAUUGACCGGAUCUUAAAAAAUAAGAUCUAACGAUCAUAUCACAUGGAAUAUGAUAUACUCCUCGAGUAUACUAGUUAUUAUCAUUUUAAGGUGUAGCUAUUAAGAUAAGUCAUUUACGAAUAUUCAAAGUAACAUUUGCAAAAUUGUCUAACUUCGUCGAAUUGACAAAGACCCUUGACCUUGAGUGAUCAGGUGGGGUUAUCAACAUAAAAUGUCACACCUCACACGAACUCCAGUAUAGAAAUAUAUAUGAGUUAUCAAACUUAUUGUGAGGAAAUACACAAUAAUGAAACAAUCUCUUUCUUCCUUACUCAUACUUUUACCUACUCGUCUAUAUGCAUAUAUAUAUUGCUUGCCUAGGUAGCUGACAUGUUGAGUGUACACACUGUUGUCAAUCCAUAUUGAUCCGUCAGCCCGAUCAAGCAAUUGAGUUUCGAGUCAGUGGUUGAAUCAGGGUCAACUCGAUUUGGCCUAAUAAUGAACUUUUAUUUCAAUCAUUCCUCCCCUUCAUCCUCCUUGUCUUCUUGACCGGAUUUGACAAAUUUCAGUGCAACUACUAACGGGAUUCAUGUCUCUCGUUCAGAACAUUAAGUUCAUCUUGAAGCGGUUGACUGACCAAUCAACUCACGGGUAUACAACCUUGAUUUUACAAGUUGCCUAGCUAGACUAUUAUUCGAUCUAUCUCUGUUUGAAAUUUAUAUUCUAAUAUAUAUGCUCAAUCCGUUCUCUCUAGGAAUUUACUCAAUGAGGAAAAACUUAUAAUACUAAUAUCAAGUUGUCAAGGUUCUAGGGUUCCCUCGAUUGAAACCCACUUGUUCAUUUUCAUCUGUUUUUUACGGAAAGUACAUUACAGUAAACUAGUAUGUAUAGUAACUUAGCUAUGAAUUUGCAAGUGUCUGCAGCCAGCUGAUUUGAUUUGUACUAAUUGUAAAAGCCCCCGGGAAGUGCUGUAAUUAAAAAGGACUUCCUGUCGUCGAGAUGAUCAAUCAAUGACAAAGACAACCAAAGUAUAGAGAAUAAAAACUAGUAUACAUC